AUGAUCAUUAUUUGUUCUAGUGAGAAGGGUGAGGGUCUCCGCCAAGGGGAUCCGAUUUCACCUUUGUUAUUUGUUCUAGUGAUGGAGUAUGAUAUCCAAAGCCUCCAUUUAGCAGCUCAGAAUUCAGCCUUCAGAUAUCAUCCUAUGUGUAAGAAUCUCAAGCUCAUUAGCUUAUGUUUUGCAGAUGACUUACUGAUAUUCUGUAAGGGGUCUCUGUCAUCAGUUAAGGUCAUUAAGAAUGUGCUUGGGGAGUUUAGCUCUGUACCAGGUCUGCACAUAAAUGAGAACAAAUCUCAGAUUUUCUUUGGAGGAAUUUCAGAUGUUGAAAAAUUGCAUCUGUCUGCUGAAUUGAAGCUGACAGAGGGAUUGUUUCCUCUAAAAUACCUUGGUGUCCCUAUGAGACCUACCAAAUGGAAGCAUGAGGAUUGUGAUAUCAUUAUUAAGAAAAUCAAAAUGAGAUUACACACUUGGGUUAGUAGGCACCUGUCAUUUGCUGGCAGAAUGCAAUUGAUUCAUUCGGUUUUGUUUGGGUUGAGGAACUAUUGGAUGAGCAUUUUUGUUCUCCCUCAAAGCAUAAUAAAAGAAAUUGAGAGACUCUGUCGUGGUUGUCUUUGGGGAGUUAAUGGGAAUAGAUGCAAGAUUCAUAUGGCUUCAUGGGAAAAAGUUUGUCUACCUAAGGUGUUUGGGGGGCUCGGCUUAAGAAAUGGACAGAGGUGGAAUCAUGCUAUUUUGGAAAAGUAUAUCUGGGCGAUCUCAGAGAAGAUGGACUUGCUGUGGGUGAAAUGGAUAAAUUCCAUUUAUUUGAAAGGCUCUGAUUUCUGGACCUAUAAACUUCCUCCGGAUACCAGUUGGUACUGGAGAAAAUUAUCCAAUCUGAGAGACAAAUUCAGUAGGGAAGAUGUUAAGGCUGCUGGUUUAACUGGGAAGUUUUACUCUUCCAUUAUAUAUAACAACUCGCUGUGCCAUCAGCAGGUUGGAUACUACAAAGUAGUUUGGUGUAGAUUAUCUCUGCCUAAGCAUAGAUUUCUGUUAUGGCAGGUAGUCAAUGCUCAGCUACUUACAUUUGAUAACUUGCUUCGUUUAAGAGUGCCUAUAGACUCCUUAUUGUGCCCAGUUUGUGGUGAUUUUGAAGAGAGUCAUUCCCACUUGUUCUUUGAAUGUUCACUGUCUAAACAGGUGUUGGAUCAAGUUUUUGGUUGGAUGGAUUGCAAUACUUGGCCUUAUGAAUUUGACAGAUGGAGGACAUGGAUUUCAAACAGAAACAAUGGCUUCAUUUUUCAUUUGGCUAUCAUGAUAUUAGCGGCUACUGUAUAUAGUAUCUGGAGGAAUCGUAACAGUUGUAUUUUUGAUCAUUUCUCUAAGUCUGCUUCGAGUAUAGCUUCGGAAGUUAAGUCUUUAACUCAUCAUAGGCUGAUCAGUAUUAGUAAGCAGAAGCUUUCUGCUCAAGAUCAAAGGAUAUUAUCUCGUUUUGUAAUGAUUCCCUGA